AUGUCUCUCACAAAUUGCCGAUUCUACGAGGAGAAGUACCCGGAGGUGGAGAGCUUCGUCAUGGUCAACGUGAAGCAGAUUGCAGAGAUGGGCGCAUACGUCAAGCUGCUAGAAUACGACAACAUCGACGGCAUGAUCUUGCUUUCCGAACUUUCGCGAAGACGUAUUCGAUCCAUCCAGAAGCUCAUUCGAGUUGGCCGCAACGAGGUCGUCGUCGUACUCCGUGUAGACAAGGACAAGGGUUACAUCGAUUUGUCAAAGCGCCGAGUGUCGCCUGAGGACAUUGUCAAGUGCGAGGAGCGAUACAACAAGUCAAAGAUGGUACACAGCAUCAUGCGCCACGUCGCCGAGAAGACUCAGACACCUAUCGAGGAGAUUUACCAGACUAUCGGCUGGCCGCUGAACAAGAAGUACGGACAUUCGAUCGAUGCUUUCAAGCUUAGCAUUACCAACCCAGAGGUCUGGAACGACGUUACAUUCCCCAACGACGUUGUCAAGGAGGAGCUACAGAGCUACAUUGGCAAGAGGUUGACACCUCAGCCUACCAAGGUCCGAUCGGACAUUGAGGUCACCUGCUUCGGAUACGAGGGUAUCGACGCUGUCAAGACUGCUCUGCGAUGCGCCGAGGCGAAGAACACCCCCGAGAACCAGGUCAAAGUCAAGCUUGUGUCCCCACCUCUUUACGUCCUUACCUCUCAAUGUCUCGACAAGAACGCCGGUAUCGCAUGCCUCGAACAAGCAAUCGUCGACAUCAAGGAGAACAUUUCAAAGGCCGGAGGCGACUGCCAGGUCAAGAUGGCACCCAAGGCUGUCACCGAGAACGACGAUGCCGAGUUGGCUGCACUCAUGGAGAAGCGUGAGCGUGAGAACCAGGAAGUCAGCGGUGACGAGGACGAGAGCACGAGUGACGAGGGUGGUGUUGCUGAGGCCGACUAA